ACCCUAUACCUCAAUAUGUAACAUGCUGUUUACCGGCCUUGGCGAUAAUGGGAGAAUCCCCCGCAGAGUCGUUUACAGAAAAAUUCUUUUGGUUACUUAUCUGCCUUGGAUGUCCGUUUACGGGGUUAUUUUACUCUUUGAUAAUUGGGAGUAGAAAAGAGAAUCGUUUCUUAUAUUGGCUUUCAUCAAAAAAAUUUAAACUUGUUUCUAAAGACGGUUCCAAACCUAAAGAAUCUGACGAAUCUGGCAAUCAUGGAGAAUUUUCCGAAUCAUAUAGACCUUUUGGAUUUCAUGCUUGCGAAAUUGAUAAAGAUUCCGAACAAUAUAUAAAACAACUCGCAAAACAAUGCACAGCAAAGGCAUCUGGAACAAUAAAUUGUAAGGACUGGCCUCACAUUCCAUUUUUGUUGUCCUGGGUACUCCCUGCAACUUUUAUAAGAGUGUUGUGCGGAAUCACUUUCAUCAAAAAUCCUGAUGCUUUGGUUUUCGAAAAACCAAUUUUGAUUUCGAAAAAUGAAGAGCUUAGAAGAAAUAAUAGUUGGGCCGUUUUUGCACUUGCUUUUUUCUCAAUAUUUUAUCCGUACAUUACGUUAUUUCUGCAAUUAUAUCCCACCGCAAAGGAGAAAAGAACUUAG